UGCGAUUUUCAGUGAUUAGGGUUUUGGUUUGGUUUGCGUUAUGUGAUUUUCUGUAUUAGCGGUAAUUCAUGGCGGGCGAUUAGGGUUUUUGGGGUUCCACAUUGUGUGAAUGGGACUCGAUGUUAGCUGUUUUCCUGGUUUUGGUUUUCGGUGCCAAAGCUUUUAGGCAGAUAUGCAAUGAUGUAAAAGCUGGAUUAUUGGACUCGGAUAUACAUUGAUGUGAGUGGGACUCGGUAUUAGUUGUUUUUCCUUACUCAAUGUCUCCUUUUUGAGUUUUGAUUCAAUGUGCAUUGUGAGGUUUGUUGGAUUACCCGGCCGAAGGGACCGGCAUAAUGAUGUGCCUUCACUAUCGGACCGAUUGAAGUGCGUUCGGGUGAGUAAUGCUGUUGUUGUGUAGUGAAGUUGCUUUUUAUGGCUGAAGUUGUUUAGGGUGGCGAGAGAGCUGGGGCAUUGCAGCGAGGGCUCGUGCUCUUUUGUUGAUAGCAAUUUGCUUUUGGCAAAGGGUUGGGAGGUGACAAUCUUUGGGGUUUAGUGUUGUGGCUAUUAAUUGGGUGCUUUCCAUGGAAAGAAAUAGAAGAGUUUUCGAAAACUACGUAGGAGAAGGAGUGGAGGAGCUGUGGGAGAGAGUACUAUUUUGAUAGCCCUGUGGGAGAUGAGCCUUUAUUGUACUCUUUUAGAUUGGAAGGCAGCUUCAGACUUUGGUUUUGCCGUGAGUAGGGUAGUUGUCUGUUUCUUAGGUGUUGGUCCCCACCCCAAAUUCGCAACAGCUUAAGCCUUCAAAGACAGUGUUAAAUAUGGCGCAUGAUACCCGAUCUAGUCGGAAAGUCAAGGAUGACGAAAGUACCAAUUCAAUUGGGAGGCAGAUUAGUAGUAAAGGAUCCAGCACUUCAGGCUCCUCAAUGUCGGAUACACCUGUCUUAAGGAGGUCUUCUAGAGAAACAUUGUUGAAGAAAAACAACACUCUGAGCCCUUCUAGUACUCGGAAGUCUGAACGUCUUGAGAAACAAACACCUGAAACUCCUCCAGUUAAGAGGAAAUCUGAGAGAUUUGAGAAUAAGUCAACCCCGAGUCCUUUAAGGAGGUCCGAGAGAGGCAAGACUCACUCAUCCACUUCUUCUGCAUCCAAAACAUCUGAUAAAAGCUUGGAUUCGUCAUCAAUGAAGGGGAAAAGGGAAAAGAAAGAGAAGAGUGUGAAAGAAUUGACUUUGGGAACUAAAGAACUUCGCAAAAGUGAGAAACAAAAUGUAGGACCUGGGCAAGUCAAACAAAAAAGGUUGAACACUCGUGAUUAUAUCGCAUAUCACCAACGGCGCCUUAAUGCACCAGAUCAUGUUCAGAAGCAGAGUGAAGAAUGUUCACCUCCACCAUGUUAUAAGGCCAUAACUGAAGAGAUUAAUCAUGCACCUGAAAGGGUACAGGUGGAUUGUGCUGCCAUGGGAAAUUUUAAGACGCCAGAGUUGGCAACUUCUACAUCGAAUGGAAGGAUUUCUGAUGUUCACACUGGCUCAGAAGGCAGUGACUGUAUUACACCUUCUAAAAGAAAAAGGAAGAUGGUUGAUGGAGGAUCUGAUUAUGCUGGAGUAAAUGCAAGUAAAGAUGUCUGCACAGGGGUUGAUACUGUCUCGUCUUUGCCAUCUGGGUCGACAGGAAAUGUUCCAGUUGAAACCUGUGGUGUCUGUUUCAAGCGACAAAGGGUAGACAAUGAUUCAAUGAAGCAGGAAUGUUGCUCUUGUGGAACAAAACUGAAUCAGGAGUUAUCUGGUGCUGUAAAUGAGCCGGAUAGUGGAGAAGUCAUAGCUGAUAGUACAGUGAGCCAACCUGAAAAGUUUAGCAUUUGUAUGCAGCAAAAGGAGUUGUCUGCAGAUCUCAUAACAAAUGGUGAAGAAAAUAGUGAAAAUACAUGCCUCAUUUGCACUUUUGGGGGGAAGCUCUUGUGCUGUGAUGGAAAAGGAUGCAAGAGAAGCUAUCAUCUUUCAUGUCUAGAUCCUCCUAUGAAUGCUGCUCCUAUUGGAGUUUGGCACUGUUCUGUGUGUGUUAAGAAAAAGAUAGAAUCUGGUAUACAUUCCGUGUCAGAUGGACAGGAGUCACUCGGGAAUGCUAGACAAGUGGAGGUAUCAGAUGCUGAUGAUUUUUCCAGGUUUAUAGAGUACUGGGUUCCUGUAGAGAUAUCGAAUGUUCAGCGAGAGCUAUACUGUGAAAAGCUACUGUUAAACCCCUCAUUACUUCAGUCAUCUUCAACAAAAGAUCUUGUUGGAGCACUCCACGAUCUACUUAGAUCUACCCGAAAGUGCUGUGAUCACCCUUACAUUGAGGAAGCAUCUUUACAAGAGAAGGUUAUGGAAUUUGAAGGCCUUCAAGCAAUUGACAGUUUCGAAGUAAAAAAGAAAGCAAUGUUGGAUGCAGGAAUAAAAGCUAGUGGCAAGCUUCACAUUCUUGACAUGAUGCUUAUGGAGAUAAAGAAUCGAGGUUUAAGAGUGCUAAUCCUAUUUCAGUCAAUAGGUGGUCUGGGAAUUUGUAUAGGAGAUAUUUUGGAUGAUUUCCUGCGUCAAAGGUAUGGUGAAGACUCUUAUGAACGGGUUGAACAGGGUGUUGUUCCCGCUAAGAAAGGUGAGGCAAUGGGCAAGUUUAACAAUAAGGAAUGUGGUAGGUUUGUGUUUUUAUUGGAGACUCGUGCCUGUCGUGCCAGCAUCAAACUAUCGUCAGUUGAUACUAUUAUUAUAUAUGGUAGUGACUGGAACCCAGUGAAUGAUGUAAGAGCCUUGCAAAAGAUAUCACUUGAUUCACAAUUUGAGCAGAUAAAAGUAUUUCGCUUAUAUUCAACUUGUACCAUAGAGGAGAAGGUUCUGAUUCUGGCAAAGGAGGAAAAGAUUCUUGAUAGCAAUUUGCUUAAUAUUACCAAGAAUAAUUGUCAACUGCUACUUUCGUGGGGUGCACCUUAUCAAUUUGUUAAACUGAAUGAGUUCCAUUGCCACAAUUCGCCCGCCUCUAGUGAAAGUAUCUUACCCGUAGAAUCACCUCUGAAAGAUGUCAUCCAGGAAUUUGUGUCCCUACUUUCUCAGGAUGCCAAAAACAAUGGCUUGGGUGGUUUCUCUGUUAUCUCAAAAGCUCAUCAAACUGGAUUCUCUGUUAUCUCAAAAGCUCAUCAAACUGGAGGAGGUUACAGUACGAAGAAUCUGUUGUUUGGCGAAUUGAAAUCUCAACAUAUGGGUGAUGGGAAACCACUUAGUUUUUGGAUAAAACUGUGGGAGGGAAAGCAUCCUCAGUGGAAAUAUUGUGUUGGUUUGUCCCAGAGGAACAGGAAAAGGGUAAAACAUACUGAUGAGGAGCUAUCAAAGAAACCACAAGUUGAAAGUGAUGAAUCUGUAAAAAAACGGAAGAAGGUGGGAAAUAGUAAUAAUGAUUCGGCCAACUUAAAGCCUGGAUUUGAGGGAAAAUCAAUCCCUGUAUCUGAGGAUGGAGCUUCUGUAACUCCAGCAGACAAUGUGCCUCACUCUUCUUCUAGGUUAUCUGCAUUUGUAAAUAAUAUAAUUGGUGAAAACCGUGUUUGUACUUCACAUAAUUUUGCUAAAAGCACAAGACCAGAAAGUGACAUGUUUGAAUCUAAGGAGAGAAGAAAAUUGCUUGAUGCCCAAAAGAGUCUGCAUCUUCAUUUGAAGCCAGAGAUAUCAAAACUUUGUGGAAUCCUACAACUCUCAGAUCUUCACAAGGUUUGGGUUGAAAAGUUUCUUGAAUAUGUCAUGAAGAAUCACAAUGUUACUAGAGAACCAGCAAACAUAUUGCAGGCAUUUCAGAUAUCUCUGUGUUGGACUGUGGCUUCAAUUCUGAAGCACAAAGUCGACCACAAAGAAUCUUUUGCACGUGCUAAGCAGCAUCUUAACUUCAAUUGCCAAAAGGAAGAGGCGGACCGUGUUUAUUCAAUGCUGCGGUGUCUGAAGAAAACGUUUCUAUACCGCACAAGGAAUUUUAAGGCUGCAGACCCUCCAAAUUUCUCUGCACUCUCAAAUAAUGGUACAAUUUCAAACUUGGAGGGGGUCAAAUCAGGUGUUGAAGACUAUCAGCUAUAUUUAGCAGGAAAAGAUGUCUCAAAAUGUAUCAAUGAAAUUCAGAAAAAGUUCCAGAAGAAGAUGAAAAAACUUGUUGAGAAGCAAUCUAAAGAGAGAAGUGAACUUUUGAGAUUAUACGAGGAGCAAAAGGAGCAACUCGAAAUGAAGCACAAAAUAGAGUUGGCUGUAAAUCGAAUUACUUCAAUGAGUGCAGAUAGUUUGAGGGUCAAGGAAACUGAAUUUGAAAAGGAAAUUGAAGAGCAUAAACACAAGGUGGACAUACAUUUGCAGCUUCUUGAGAAAUUGCAGCUGGAAGCAAGCCUUAAGCUGAAAGAGAAUGAGAACCAACGGGUAGAGGAAGUGCAAAAGUGGGUUCGUGAUGAGUUGUUGAAUAAUUCACCUUCAAAUGCACCAGCUAGACCGAUUGUUGCAAAUGGUGCACUUGAUCCAAUCACUUCUGAGGUUUUUUAUAGUACUGGGAAAAACAAGGAUGGCGUUUCUGGUGAUAAUCAAGCAAACGUUGCUACUGUGAUUCCUUGUGCCAAAGAGCUGAUGACUAAUGGAGGCACUUCAGAAAAUGGGGAGGCUCUGCUGGAUGUCCCGGAAAUUAUCUGCUCUAGCAAAGUUGUCACCUCCGGUCUUCCUUCAUUUGAAGAAAGGAUUGACAAGUCUGACAAAUCACCCAUUUGUGAUAGGGUUGUCAGACUGGAAGAGCCCAUAACUGUCAGUCCACUGACUCUAUCUGCUACGGAACAGAAUCCUCAUGGGGCUACAUUAAGCAUGGCUGACAGAGAGGCUCCACUGGAAUUGCAUGAGACCGUCAGUUCGAUUCAUGGGGUGCAUGAUGAUGCGUCUGUGAACCCAUGUGCAUCUGAAGAACAAAUCCGUGUGGCAACAGUAAACAUACCAGGUAAUAUGGUUGAGUCGGCAGUGGAUGCAACUGUCAGUUCGAAUGAUGCCCUACAGAAUCCUCUCUCUAGGGUUCCGCCUGCAGAAAUAGAAAAUGGUGAAGUGCAAGUUACUGCAUCUGAUAUUGCAACUGGGGUCAACCAGCAGAAAGGAGUUGAUACUGAGUUAUCGUCAGCUGCUCAAUCUGUUGCAACUAUAGAUUCUGAGCACUCAGACCAUGAAGUGGCGACCAAUGAGCCUGUAGUACCAUCCUCGGAGACACCAGACCGUAGUCGUCAGUUAUCUUCAGCUGCUGGAAUUAAAAAUCAGCCAAGUAGUGAGAACCGAGUUCAAGGUACCGUCUUGGCUGCAUUGACUACAGGGCAAGAUGGAAAUGCACACACUAGCGAAAAGCAGAAUACUUGCCUACCUGUUGAAAAUCUAGCGUCCCAAUCUGUUGCGAUCAUAACAUCCGAUCAAUCUGCUCAUGAAGAGUCGGUGGCACAGUUAUCUAAUAGACCCGAGUUAUCUUCAGCUUGUGCAAUUGAAGUUCAUCAAAGUAUCGAAAAUCAAGACAGAGGUGUUGUGUUAGCCACAUCCACAGCAGUACAAGAUGGAGAUGCACAAGCUACUGGGAAUCAGAAUACAUGUCAACCAGUUGAAGAUCGAGUAUCCCAAUUAAUUGCCACUGUAGAAUCUGAUCAUGAAGGGCAGACGAAUGUAGCUGUAGUACAAUUGCAGCUUCCUGAGUCUGCAGCUGGUGGAAUUGAAAUUUGGCCAAGUAGGGUAGACCACACCUCUAACCAAGUUUCUCAGGCUCCACUGCAAUUUGUUGAGAACUAUUCUGUUCAAUCAAAUGAAACCGCUUUGCAGCCUGCACCAAGUCUUUCUUUGCAUCAGCCAAUGGAUAUACCUACUAAUGGAUUUGGGCUGCCUUUUUCAGACACACGGGCUACUUCUGUAACUAAUAGUCGUCCUAUACAUGCUGCUCCCCAGGGGACACUAAGGAUGCCUCAGCAUUCGUACCCUGAUCCACUUCAAAAUGAAUUGGAAAGAUUAAAUAAAGAUAUGGAACAAAACAUUAAGUCUCAUGAAGAUAAGAAGCUGCUUCUGAAAUCUGAUUAUGACAAGAAAAUAGAGGAGGCUGUUGCUGAACUUCGUCGGCAAUGUGAGACUAAACUUCAGGAGGAAGAAGCCGAAUUUCGGCAUAUACAGAAGGAACUAGAUGCAAAUUACAAUAAAGUUUUAAUGAAUAAGAUUUUGGCUGAGGCUUUCAGGUCUAAAUGCAUGGAUCUUAAGGCAUCAAGUGCAUGUGGAGUGCAGCAAGAUGGAAAUUCUAGUUUUGUCCAGCAGCUGGUUCAGUUAUCUAUGCAGCAAAAUGCACAUAGGCCUUCUUCAGUUUCUAGUUCAUCGUCAACCAGCGUUCCUGCAGCUAGCCUGCAGACUUCUAUUGCACCCUUACCCAGCCAGCAGGCUUCUAUUGCUCCAAUACCCAGCCUGCAGACUUCUAGUGCACCCUUACCCAGCCUGCAAACAACCCUACCUGCAUCUGCGAUUGCACCUAGUCAGCAUUACACAGCUCCAAUCAUGCAGACUGUUCCACUUUCCCCUGCUUCUCCGUCCAUUCCAGCAAGACCCCCUCACAUUGGUACCUUCUCUGGCUCCACAGGAAUCCCCCAAGGUGGAGGUCAGAUUCGUGCCCCAGCCCCACAUCUCCAACCAUUUAGGCCUUCAACAUCCGUUACAGGCACCAGUCCUCUGUCCCAGCAAGGUGGGAUGUCAACUCCCCGUUCUCAUAGCAACGGCCCUGCAACAUCUUCAUCACUUUCUCAUAUGCCACAAAUGCCAGCUCCCACACAACAAACUGUUCCCUCUAGUGGGGCCCAGCAUGUUGAAAGUGCAGGACGUAGCUCAACUCCUCAUUCUGCAUCUGCGUUGAAGUUGCUUAUGGAUAUGGAGAACCGUUCUGGUGCAAUUCGAUCAGGUGGUUUGUUGCCACCACUGACUUCAAGUUCAUUUAAUCAUCCUGAUCCUGCCAUUGCAAGUAGUGCAUCUGCCAACCCAGUAAAUACAGGUGGAACCCCUGACGUAGUUUGUUUAUCGGACGAUGACUAACCAGUUAUUAGAUUUGGAUUCUAAAUUUUUAUAAUGUUAUCGCUCCAUGUGUCCUUGGUGCUCUAGGUUAUACAGUAGGGUUGGGAUAUGGCAUAGGAGUUAGAAGUUGUAACUAGGAAUUUGCAUUGUCAAAUGCGUUUUGUUCUAAUUAUUGUAAUAUAGAAAGUCACUCGAUUGUUCAUCUUGCAAGACCUUUAAUGAGCAUGGGGUUGGGUGGGUUUCGAUAUAA